GUGCGGCUGUCUCUUUAAUGAAACGUUCAGAGUCUCAGAAAGUGUGCGAGGCUCCAAAAUGGAUGUGACGGAGGCUGCGAGCGCGUUGGCCCAGAAUAAAAAAGCGGCCCUUCUGAUCGGCGCAGCCGGAGCUGCACUUCUGGGAUUUGGACUCGGAUAUAAAUACAUGCGGAAACCAGAAAAAGCGGCUCGUGUGGGCGUAGUGUCGCAGCUCCUCAUUCACCCCCUGAAGUCUGGGAAAGCGGUGCCUGUGAGUGUCGCAGAAUGUCUGAAAUUAGGGCUGAAGUCUGGAAACUUGGAGGAUCGACACUGGCUGGUGGUGGAUGAAGAAGGCAACAUGGUGACAGCCAGACAGGAGUCCCGUCUGGUCUUGGUGUCUCUGACCUUCGAAGGAGGUUGCGGUGUUUUGAAUGGACCAGAUAUGGAGGAGCUGAAGUUUCCCUUCCAUCAGCCCAACAACCCCAUUGUCAACUGCAGAGUGUUCAGUAUGGAUGUUCAAGGCAGAGACUGUGGGGACAACGUAUCUCACUGGUUCACAAGUUUUCUCGGGGCUGAGAAAACUUUUCGUUUGGUGCACUUUGAGCCUCAGAUGAAGCCCAGGAGACCAGCUGAGAUGGAGCCUCUUUUCCCGAAGUCUGAGGAGGUGGCGUACCCUGAUAUCGCACCGGUGAUGCUGCUGUCCGAAGCUUCUGUUAAGGAUCUCAGCAGCAAGCUGGAAAAGGAAGUCACCGUGGAGCGUUUCCGUCCAAGCAUUGUAAUAAGUGACUGUGAACCCUUUGAUGAGGACUCUUGGGAAGAGAUCCAGAUCGGCAGCGUGAGGCUGCAGCGUGUAAUGUCGUGUGGAAGAUGCGUUUUAACCACAGUUGACCCAGAGACGGGUACAAUCACCAGGAAAGAGCCUUUGGACACACUGAAAAGUUAUCGAAUGUGCAAACCAUCUGAGAAGCACAUCUACAAAGCUGCUCCACUGUUUGGACAGCUGCUCACUGUGAAGAAGACGGGCAUCCUGCAAGUCGGAGAUGAGGUUUACAAGAUCACCCGCUGAUAAGCAGCGUUGCAGACGACCUUUUGUUCAAGAUGACAAAAGAAUCUUUGAGAUCAGCACACUUAACAAAUUCAUACAAAACUGCUUCUCAUACUUGAACCAUGCACAAAGAUCAG